UGGAGGUGGGAGUGUGUGACAACCACUUAUGAGUAAUGAGGUAAUGAUAGCCCCCCACGACGUGUUACACUGAUCACCACCCGUUUAUCAUUCGAUCACAAAAUCCAACGGCCCACAUUUCCUCUCCAAUCUUCCAUAUAUAUAUAAUUUCUCUCCUUUCUCUUCGCAUUUUCCUCUUAGAGGGUUAGAAUUAGUAGAAGAAGAAAGAGAGUUUUUCACAUUUGUGUGUGUGCCUCUCUCUCUCAUCUCUCUUUCUAUCUUUACAAUUUUCUCUUCGAUUUUCAAUUCGGAAAAAGGAAAUAGCAUAAGAUGGCAGACGGAGAGGAUAUUCAGCCCCUUGUCUGUGACAAUGGAACAGGAAUGGUCAAGGCUGGGUUUGCUGGAGAUGAUGCUCCACGAGCUGUAUUUCCUAGUAUUGUUGGCCGCCCCCGCCAUACUGGUGUGAUGGUGGGUAUGGGUCAAAAAGAUGCCUACGUGGGAGAUGAAGCUCAAUCAAAGAGAGGUAUUUUAACUCUUAAAUAUCCAAUUGAGCACGGAAUUGUCAGCAACUGGGAUGAUAUGGAGAAGAUAUGGCAUCACACUUUUUACAAUGAGCUUCGUGUUGCCCCUGAGGAGCACCCUGUCCUCCUAACUGAAGCACCUCUUAACCCAAAGGCUAACCGUGAAAGGAUGACCCAGAUUAUGUUUGAGACUUUCAAUACCCCAGCUAUGUAUGUUGCUAUCCAGGCUGUGCUCUCACUGUAUGCCAGUGGUCGUACAACCGGUAUUGUGUUGGACUCCGGUGAUGGUGUCAGCCACACUGUGCCAAUUUAUGAAGGGUAUGCCCUUCCACAUGCCAUUCUCCGUCUUGACUUGGCAGGUCGUGACCUCACUGAUAGUUUGAUGAAGAUCCUUACCGAGCGUGGUUACUCUUUCACCACCUCAGCUGAACGGGAAAUUGUCAGGGACGUGAAAGAAAAGCUUGCUUACAUAGCUCUUGACUAUGAACAAGAACUCGAGACAUCUAAGACCAGCUCUUCUGUCGAGAAGAGCUAUGAGCUCCCAGAUGGACAGGUGAUCACCAUUGGUGCUGAGCGUUUCCGGUGUCCUGAGGUGCUUUUCCAACCUUCAAUGAUUGGAAUGGAAGCUGCAGGAAUCCACGAGACCACAUACAACUCUAUCAUGAAGUGUGAUGUGGAUAUUAGAAAAGACCUUUAUGGAAACAUUGUGCUCAGUGGUGGAUCUACCAUGUUCCCGGGUAUUGCUGAUAGAAUGAGCAAAGAAAUUACUGCAUUGGCUCCUAGCAGCAUGAAGAUUAAGGUGGUUGCUCCACCAGAGAGGAAAUACAGUGUCUGGAUCGGAGGCUCCAUCUUGGCAUCCCUUAGCACGUUCCAGCAGAUGUGGAUUGCAAAGACAGAGUACGAUGAAUCUGGUCCGUCCAUUGUCCACAGAAAGUGUUUCUAAUUUUCCACGAUUGACAGUGUUGGUGAAAGGAAAAUACUUCUUAUUUCCUACUGGAUCACAAAUGCAAUUGCAGUGUUAUAUUCUAGCUUUAUUUUCUGUGUUUUUGUUCUCAUGUUGGAUUGAAGAUAUUGAGAGGGCAAGGAGUUUGAUUGUUGGCUUUUAUUACUAUUGACUUAGAAGUUUCCACUCUUCCA